CACCCUUCUCUUGCAGCAUCUCUUCCACGUGUACUUUGCUCUGCAUUGCCCUGCUUCCAUUGGUCUUCACUUUUGUGUUUCCUUUAUCCAUUUUGUUUUUUACAUUUCUGCUGUUGAUUUACUUGAAGAGCUGAAAUCUUAUGGCAUCCUCUUUGGUUUCCUCUCCUACUUCUUCUUUCCUCAAGAAGAUUGCUUUUCAUAAAUGUAAGAAACAAGUUUCGAAGAAAAUCGUCUCAGUCAUGGCACCCCAGCAAUCUGAGCGUAAAACAUAUACCACUGGCUCUGUGAAGACAGGAAUGACAAUGACGGAGAAGAUUCUUGCAAGAGCCUCCGAGAAACAACAGUUGAAUCCAGGUGAUAAUGUUUGGGUUAAUGUUGAUAUCUUGAUGACUCAUGAUGUUUGUGGUCCGGGUUCCAUUGGUAUCUUCAAGAAAGAAUUUGGUGAAAAGGCUAAGGUUUGGGACCGUGAAAAGAUUGUUAUCAUACCUGACCAUUAUAUAUUCACUAGUGAUGAACGUGCAAAUCGUAAUGUGGAUAUUUUGAGGGAUUUUUGCGGCGAGCAAAAUAUAAAGUACUUUUAUGAUAUUAAAGAUCUUAGUAAUUUCAAGGCAAACCCGGAUUACAAAGGUGUAUGCCAUGUUGCACUUGCCCAAGAAGGUCACUGUAGGCCUGGAGAGGUUUUGUUGGGAACCGAUUCUCACACAUGUACCGCAGGAGCAUUUGGUCAAUUUGCUACAGGAAUUGGAAAUACGGAUGCAGGUUUUGUAUUGGGCACUGGGAAGGUUCUUCUAAAGGUGCCACCGACUUUGAGAUUUGUGAUGGAUGGUGAAAUGCCUCAUUAUUUGCUUGCAAAGGAUUUGAUUUUGCAGAUCAUUGGUGAAAUAUCUGUAGCUGGUGCAACGUAUAAAUCAAUGGAGUUUGUGGGAACAACUGUGGAAAGUUUAAAUAUGGAAGAACGGAUGACCUUAUGCAAUAUGGUUGUUGAAGCUGGUGGAAAGAACGGUGUUGUUCCCGCUGAUAGUACUACAUUUAAGUACCUUGAGGAUAAAACAUCGGUGCCGUAUGAACCAGUUUACAGUGAUGCGCAAGCAAGUUUUCUUUCUGAAUACAGAUUCGAUAUCUCGAAAUUGGAGCCCUUGGUAGCUAAGCCACACUCUCCUGAUAACCGAGCUUUGGCUAGGGAAUGCAAAGAUGUUAAAAUCGACAGAGUGUAUAUCGGAUCUUGUACUGGUGGAAAAACGGAAGAUUUUCUUGCUGCUGCUAAAGUCUUUCUAGCUUCAGGCAAGAAGGUCAAAGUUCCGACAUUCCUUGUCCCUGCGACGCAAAAGGUUUGGAUGGACAUAUAUACUCUUCCGGUACCUGGAUCUGGUGGGAAGACAUGCUCGCAGAUAUUUGAAGAAGCCGGUUGUGAUACACCUGCAAGCCCUAGCUGCGGCGCUUGUUUGGGUGGUCCUAAAGACACAUAUGCUCGGAUGAACGAGCCCAAGGUCUGUGUCUCGACAACUAACAGGAACUUCCCGGGUCGAAUGGGGCACAAGGAAGGCCAGAUAUAUCUUGCUUCUCCGUAUACAGCGGCUGCAUCAGCUUUGACCAGUUAUGUCACAGAUCCUAGGGAGUUUUUGUGUUGAUUGUGUAAAGAUUUUGUUUUGUAUCUUAUAAUGUAUCCAAUUUGUGCCAGAAAUGCAGAAUUUUUGAACCACUGUUUCUUAUGUUUCAAAAAUGAAAUCGUUCUUCAGCAGCAUGCAAUAGUGAGGACUAGGAUCAUAGUGACUAGUGUACCGGUAUCAGUCGUAUUGAUGCGUACUUAAAGCCAAACUGUACUAGUAUUAUAAUAGUUUCGGAUGGUUCAGUUUUUAUAUGGCUCGGAAUAACAAUUUCUGGAUUUCCCUUUUUAAAUGAAAUAAGGUUACUUGUAGUUUUAUAAAA